AUGAGACAGAAAUAACUUAUUGCCAAUAUAGAAAAUGCUAUAAUUUACUUGAUUAAAGAUGGUAAUAAUGAUGUGGGAGUAAAAAUACUAAAGGGUAUAGGAUGGUUAGAACUUUAUGGUGAUAUAAUUGAACUGUUUAAUGUAUUGAAGAAAUAAUGCAUCCAGAUAGACUUUGUAUUAAAAUAUAAAGUGAAGAAAUUGAUGGCAAAAGGUACUUUUGCAAAUGUAAGUACUGAUUUAAUAAUUGCUAGGUAUUUUUGGCAGAGAAUGCUAAGACAAAUGAAUAAUUUGCAAUCAAAUGUUUUGAUAAGAAUUAAAUUUUGAAGAACCCUAAAAAUUUAUAAUCACUUUAAAAGGAAUUAAAGAUUCUUAGAUUAAUGAAACAUAAAUAAGUAAUGACAUUAAUAGAGACAUUCGAAACAGUUAGUUAUGUUUUUGUUGUAUAAGAAUAUUUAAGAGGAGGAGACUUGCAUGAUUAUAUUACUAAAGUAGGUCAAUUAUCAGAAAGAAAAGUGCAUUCUGUGAUAUGUCAAUUGGUGAGUGGAUUAUCAUUCAUUCAUUCUUAAGGUGUCAUACAUAGAGAUAUAAAACCAGAGAAUAUUAUUCUAAGAAAUCAAGAUAAUGUAGAAGAUUUAGUAAUAUCUGAUUUUGGAUUAGCAGAUUUUUAUAAUUUUGAUGGCAAUUACUUAUAUAAAUAAUGUGGUACACCUGGAUAUGCAGCUCCAGAAAUUUUGAUUGGUCAGCCUUAUGAUUAUAAGGUAGAUGUCUAUAGUUUAGGAGUAGUAUUUUAUACUCUCAUAACAGGAAGAAGACCAUUUUAAGGUAAAAAUACUGAUCAAAUAUUUUAAUUAAAUGAAAAAGGGGAGAUUAACUUUCAAAAUCUCCACAUUAAAGCUGAAGGAUUGAAUCUAUUAAAAAAAAUGCUUGAAAUAAGACCAGAACAUCGUUAUUCUUUAUGCAUGAUUAAAUCACAUAUUUGGUUAAAAAAAAUAAAUCUUAAAGCUCAUUUAAGUUUGUAAUACAUUAAUGUACCAGAAAGUAUUAAAACUGGAGGAAGUAUUACUCCGAGAAUUCUUAUGACUAAAAAUUAUAAUGUAAAGUAGGUUCUUAAGACUGAAUAAAAUCAAAGCACAGAAAGAAGACAUUACAAGUAAUCUGGAGGUCGAUAUAAUAUUUCUAUUGGAAAUUUUACAAAAAUAUAAGGAAUAGUAUAUUGA